AUGAGGUGCCUCGUCGGCGGCGGCGUCCAGGACAGCCCGCGCGCAGCGGUCAAGAGGGUAUCGCCGGCGUCGUGGCGGCUGGACACCGCCGCGGGGGAGGCGGAGGCGGAGGCGGAGGCGGGCGCGGGGGGAGCGGCGGCGGCCAAGGGGCGCAGGGUCUGCUUCAGGCCGCCGGACGUCAUGGAGACAGUGCACGAGGUGGCCAUUUACAUCCACCGCUUCCACAACCUCGAUCUGUUCCAGCAAGGAUGGUAUCAGAUGAAGAUUAGUGCAAUGUGGGAGGAAGGUGGCAACAAAACACCGGCUUCGCCUGCAAGGGUCGUGCAAUAUGAAGCUUCUGAUGUUGGUGCGGAUGAUGCAUUGGGCAUUUGGAGAAUAGAUGACGUCGACAAUAGCUUCCACACACAGCCAUUUCGGAUCAAGUAUGCCAGACAAGAUAUCUAUCUAUCGGUUAUGGUGUCUUUCAACAUAUUAAAUAGUGAAGAGGAGGGUCCAGCAGCUUCGGCUGUGAUGUUGAAGUUUGAGCUGAUAUAUGCCCCAACCCUAGACAAUGGGUCUGAGCUUCAAGCUUCUAGUGUCACAUCUUCAGCAGCUGUGCACGAAUUUAGAAUCCCACGCAGAGCACUCCUGGGUCUACACUCCUACUGUCCAGUUCACUUUGAUGCGUUCCACUCUGUGCUUGUUGAUCUGACAUUACACAUAGUGUACCUGAAAGCUGGUGCAAUUAAAUCAUCAUUGAAGGUACCAGACCAAGGUUUAGGUCCUACAUCAUAUAACAUUGUUAAGGCAUUAUUAACUUCUAGAAAAAUGUUGCUUGAAGAACUCAACAAAAUCAGUGGUGCUAUUGGUAAGACAGUCGAGGAUUUAGAUGCUGCUGACUUGAAUCUUGGUAAAUAUGAGUCAUUCAAUGCAUCAAAAUCUGGACUACCGAAUUCUAGUAAAGUGUUCCCUGCAACUGGCAAGGGUGUGGGACAGUUGGCUGGAAUUUUACAUGACUUCUUGGAGAGACCCAACGAUAUGGUUAAUGGUACAGAUGAUUCUAUGCUGUAUACUCUUCCCCAGGAAGAGCUGUUUGAACUGUUUCUAACUCUGAGUGGACAGCUUUCACUCCUAUGGAAUGCAUUCUUGAAAUUUCAUAGGCUAAAUAAAACAAAGAUAUUGGAUUACUUGCACGAUGCUUGGGCUAUUGAUAGGAAGGCAGAAUGGUCAAUAUGGACUGUUCACUCAAAAAUUGAGAUGCCUCAUCGCUAUCUGCGGAGUAUGACUGAUGACUCAUCUCACCGUCAUUCCCUUCUUAGAGGUUCUGUCUCAAGGAAGUUCCAUGACGACCCUGUACAGAACUCUGCUUCACGAGCGGAACUACACAGGAAAAGCAUAGCACAAAUGAAGAUCAAUACACAGUCUGUUCAAGAUAUGCAUAUAUAUGCUGAUCCUUCACGUGUUCCUGUUGUUCUUAUAGAACAACAUGUCAUGGUUGUUCCACAGCAUAGUUCCAGCAAGGAUCUGGCUUCGAAUGCUUCUGAACAAAAGGAUACUAUUGUGCUACCUAAACUACAAGGGGAGUCUCUGGUACCCAAAAGUAGUGCUGGUAAAAAAAGUGGACGCAUCUUGCGAGCUGUCAUUUUUGUGCAUGGUUUUCAGGGUCACCAUUUGGAUUUACGUCUUGUUAGAAACCAAUGGCUUCUAUUGGAUCCUGGAGCUGAUUGCCUAAUGUCUGAGGCUAAUGAAGAUAAAACAUCUGGAGACUUCAAAGAAAUGGGUAUUAGGUUGGCUGGGGAGGUAGUUGCCUUCCUGAAGAAGAAAAUGGAUAAGCUUUCAAGAUACGGAGGCUGCAAAGAGCUGAAGUUAAGUUUUGUUGGCCAUUCCAUUGGGAACAUCAUCAUUAGAAGUGCCCUGGCAGAACCUGCAUUGCAACCAUACUUGAAGAACCUCUACACGUACAUGUCAAUAUCAGGGCCUCACUUGGGUUACUGGUACAGUUCAAAUUCUUUGUUCAAUUCUGGACUCUGGCUGCUGAAAAAGCUCAAGGGAGCGCAAUGCAUCCAUCAACUCACUUUCAGUGAUGAUCAAGACCCCCAAAAUACAUACUUUUAUAAGCUUUGCAAGUUGAAAACAUUGGAGAACUUCAAAAAUAUCAUAUUGUUAUCAUCACCACAGGAUGGCUAUGUACCAUAUCAUUCAGCGAGAAUCGAGCUCUGCCCAGCUGCAUCAUCAGACACCUCAAAGAAGGGUGAAGUCUUCACAGAAAUGCUCAACAACUGCUUGGACCAGAUCCGUGCGCCCUCAUCCGACACCAGGACAUUCAUGCGCUGCGAUGUGAAUUUCGACCAGUCCAACCAAGGGCGAAGCCUGAACACCAUGAUCGGCAGAGCAGCCCACAUCGAGUUCCUGGAGACUGACCUCUACGCCAAGUUCAUCAUGUGGUCCUUCCCUGACCUGUUCCGAUGA